ACACGUGCCCUCAAAAUGGAAAGACAAGACUCGCGAAAUUUAAAGUAAGGAAUGUUCAUGUAGCCGCCCAACUUGCUAAUUGAAAAGUACGAAAAAUACAUUGAAAGAUGCUCCAUCAUCAUCUUCUCUAUAUAAAUUACUAACAGUACUUCUAUCUAGUUUCACCACCUCCCAGAUCUAAAAAAAAUCCUCCGUCAAACAAACAUUCCUUCCUUCUUUCCCCCCAAAAACGAUGUCGUCGGCGGUCUCGAGCACCAGCUCUCCUCCCCAGCCGCCGCCGCUGCGGUCGCUGCCGGGAUCCCACGGGUGGCCGGUGGUGGGGCCGAUGUGGGACAAGCUGAACUACUUCUGGUUCCAGGGCCCCGUCGAGUUCUACAAGAAGGGAAUCGAGAAGAACAAGUCGACGGUGUUCCGCACCAACAUCCCGCCGAGCUUCCCGCUGUUCGUGAGCGUGAACCCCAAGGUGGUGGCGCUGCUGGACACGACGUCGUACUCCCACAUGUUCGACCCGGAGAUCGCCGACAAGAGGGAUACACUUCUGGGGGAUUUCAUGCCCAGCUUGGGAUACACCGGCGGCCAGAGGACCGUUCCUUAUCUCGACACGGAGGAGACCAAACACACUCAGAUCAAAAGGUUCGGGCUGGAUAUCCUGAAGCGGGGCUCCAAGGUCUGGGUAUCGGAGCUCCAGAUCAACCUGGAGGAAAUGUGGUCCACCGUGGAAGCCGAGGUGUCGGCCAAAGGCAGCGCCAACUUCGUCAACCCGCUCAAGCAGAACAUGUUCAAGUUCAUCAACAAGUCCUGCCUCGGAGCCGACGUCUCCAAGUCGCCGGACAUCGCGAAAUCAGGGAUGUCGUACAUCGACCGGUGGUUCUUCCUCAUGGUCUUUCCGACGAUCAACAUCAACGUCGUCCAACCCCUCGAGGAAAUCUUCCUCCACUCCUUCGCUUACCCUCCUUUCCUCGUCCGCGGCGGAUACAACAAGCUCAUUGACUUCAUCAAGACCGAAGCACGUGAAGUGGUCCAGCGUGGCAUGACCGAGUACGGACUGACCGAGGAAGAAACGGUCCACAACCUGUUCUUCAUGUUCUACUUCAACUGCCUGGAAGGGUUCAACCUCUUGCUCCCCGAUAUAUUGGGCCGGCUGUUCACCGACAAAACCGGCCUGCAAGACCGCCUCCGGGCCGAAGCCAGGCAGAACGGUGGGCCGGACCUGACUUUCGACGCGGUGAAGCAGAUGCCCAACAUACGGUCCCUAGUCUGGGAGACCCUCCGGUUCAAGCCGCCGGUCCCGACCCAGUACUCCCGGGCCAGGAAGGACUUCAGGCUCAGCUCGCACGACGCGUCGUUCGAGAUCAAGAAGGGCGAGCUGCUGUGCGGCUACCUGCCGCUGGUGAUGCGUGACCCGGUGAUAUUCAACGACCCGGAUACGUUCCAACCGGACCGGUUCGUGGGCGAGAAGGGAACCGAGCUGUUGAAGUACUUGUACUGGUCGAACGGACCGGAGACCGGUGAUCCAACCGCGACGAACAAGCAGUGCAUGGGGAAGGACUACGUGACGCUCUCCGCGUCGAUGCUCGUGGCCUACUUGCUGCGACGAUACGAUUCGAUCAGCGGGGACUUCACGACGAUCACGGCCCUUGGUGUGGCUAAGUGAUGAGAUAUUGAAGUGAUGGGUUUGAUGCUGACGGUUGUGAUUGUAAGUUUGAAUUCAUUUUUUCUUUAAUUUUCAUGUUUGUUCUUGUGUUGUUGUGGCCUGUGGGCAAUAAUGGAAGGCCAGAUAUAUAUAUGGCUUUGGAGACUGAUCAAGUCGAGUCGUUUCUACUGUAUUGAACCGGUUAGGAUUGAUGGUCUUGUGUUGUAAAUUGUAAUUGUGAGGCUCAGCGCCAUGAGUUCUUUUGGAUUGUGUAUUUCUAGCUAAUCAUCACUUAUUACCAAGGAUUGAACAAUAUAUUAUACAACAACACAGAUAACAGAAUCAAAUUCCAAUAAGAUUUCCAAGUGGGAAUGUGUUCAACAAGACAGCUGCUGAAUACAAAUCUCAGGGCCUUUCAAAUUCGUGCUUCAAAAGGGCUUCCUAAAUCCAGGUGUAUCUACACAUUAUCACUAUCAAAACCAUGAGUGGUAGUAGUAUUAUAAUCGUAAGUGGACAUCACCCUGUACCAGAUGAUAGCGAUGGCUCCUUACGCAGAUUGGACGCUGCUUCCCUGAGUCUUGGUGGCGGCUCCUUCUUUCCAUCCCUUCUGGCGCGCUCUUGUCUCCCACAAUGCUGUCAGUUUCUUCUGUGCUACUAAUGAGGCUUCGGCUUUCUCUCUCGCUUCUUCGCAUGUUUCCAUCCCUGAAUUGCACUUGUCUGCUUCCUUUUGGUACUGGGAUGUGAUCUUCUUAGCCUCCAGCAGGGCCAUACCAGCACGCUGCUGACUCUCCAAUGCUUCGGUCUCCCGCAGCUUUAGUUCCUCUGUCAGCAGCUCGGAGAAGUUCUUCUCGGCGUCUUCACUCACCUCAGGGUCGUGCUUCACGCAAUCUACGACUCAAAAACCAGUACAUCCAUUUAUGGUUAGUUUCUUGUUGCCAUAAGGAUUUGGCGAUUCUGCAUACCAGCAUGUGUAGAGCAGAUGCUCGCCGUUGACUUAAGAAAGAAUUUGAUGGAUCUCCAGAAGAAGGAAACAACCAACACAAGUAUAGAAAGCUAAUGGGGAAAGCCCCUUUGUUUUUUGUUAAACUCAAGGAUUUGCAGAUUUGCAAAUACUCCAAGAAGAAACAGGAAUCUUAAUC